AUGGUAAGAAGUACUAAGACAUCCUCGACAACCUCACAAUUUGUCAUAACUCAAGAUAUUAUGAAAAAAAUUGAUGAAAUUAUAGAAUAUCAUAAGGCUAAUAAAAAACAAGUUGAGUUAAAUAAAAUAAUUAUACAAAAUUUUCUUUCAAAGCCAUGUGAUUCAAGUAAAGAUGAAUUUUGUACUACUAGUAAUUGGAAAAAUUAA